ACAUGUAGACAUCUGGUCACUCUGUUCAAGUGGCAUCUCUAGUUGGAAAUCCCGCUAAGUCUAGCUGGAAUUAGAUAGAACGCCACAACUGCUGAAAUUGAUUAAUAGUUAAAACAAAAAUUUCGCCAAAGUUCGUUGAUAAGCCUCUGCUGGAGUUCCGAGGCAAUAGCAACGAUAAAUAGCAAAUCCGCCCAACCGCUCACACAGCACCCGCCAAAUCACAGCGAGAAAUCGGCAAUCGGGCCGAACGUACAAAAGCAACUACCGUGCCGUGGGGUAAAGUUCACAGCACUUUUCCUUUUGUCCGAAGUCAGUUAGAUUUCGUCACCAUGGUCGACAACAAUAACCUGCGCAGUGCGGUGAUCAGCGAGGCGCCCCUGCUGCCGCCCUCGAGCAGCAUCGGAGCGGGCGUGUCCAGCGGCGGAGGAUCUCCGCCGGAGGCAGUGCUGCGCACUCCGUACGGCAAUGUUAGGGCGCUGCCCGGACCGGCGCAGCCCCCUCCACUGCCGCAAUCACCAUUCCAGCAGACACAACAGUUCGGUGGAUUCGGCAGCGGGUACGGCGGAAAUAACUACGGACUUGGGGGAUACGGUGGCUUCAAUAGUGGCGCCUUUGGAUAUGGUGGAUUGGCUGGACUUGGAAGUGGCUUUGGAAGUGGAUACGGAUAUGGAGGCGGCUAUGGAGGAGGCUAUGGUGGAGGCUAUGGCGGAGGCUUCGGCGGAGGAUACAACAGAUUUGGAGCCCUAGGCGACAACGAUCCGGAGCAGCGGUUCAUUCAUAUUGCUGAGGCCAGCUCGCGUCCGGCCUUCCAGAGCAUCGAAUCCCUAGUGUCGGCCAUCGGCAACAUCGCCUCCAUGCUUGACUCCACAUUCUUUGCGCUGACCAGCUCGUUCCGCGCCAUUCUCGGCGUGGCCACGAACUUUGUACGGCUGCGAAGUGUUUUUGCCCAGUUCUGGACCACUUUUGCCAUAUUCCGCGGUCUAAACUGGAUCUACAGAAAGAUACUCUAUUGGCUGCGAAUUUCGAACCUGGACCCUUCAUCGGCGGCCUUCAAGAAGGCCUUUGCCGAGGCACUUAACGAAAACAAUGCCCAAACGAGAGGAGCACCUAAUGUGCCGCGAAAGGGCAACUCACCCUGGCCGGUGCUGGCCUUUAUCAGCUUCAUCUUCACUGCUCCCUACUUGAUCAUGAAGCUGCUGGGAACCGUGACGAACACCGCCCAGGAGGAAGCCCGUAAUCCAGCCAAGUGGACUGCGCCGAUUCAGACUCAGGCCGUUUACGACUUCGUGGGUCGCAGCCCAAGCGAGCUUUCGCUGCGCGCCGGCCAAACGCUCCAUGUGGCUCCCCGCGACAUCCAGCAGACGCUCAACCUGCUGAACACUGGCUGGGCUCUAGCCACCACAAACGGACAAACCUCCGGCAUCAUUCCAAUUAGCUAUGUGAAAUCGCCACAACAAAUGCGCCAAGAGAUGCAGGAUCAAAUGAAGCCCGCACAGCCACAGCCGGAACUAAUGAAUUUGUCCGCGGCAGCCUUUGCCUCUCCUCCGUUGGAGCAGCAGAUGAACUACGACUUCAACCUCGCUGCCCAGCAACAGGCACCUUUGGGUCCGCCCUCAACGACGUCAGCUGUGCUGGGCGAGGGAUUCGCCUGAGCCGACCAAUCCUCGGAGAUUUAGCUUAAGUUUAAGUUAUGUUUGGUUCAGCUUCUGUAUAUGUACGUCCCUGUAUUUUAAGUUAGCUUCCGCCUUUUGUAUAUUUCCAUUUAGUUGUAAAUGUUAAUUAGUCAGCGAUCCCAAUGAAGGUAAACACUAACCAUA